AUGGGCCUGGAUCGGGCACAGGACAGUGGCAAGCACCACGGGCACAAGAAGCAACCCAAGCGCCAGUUCCUGGUCAACCACCGUGAAAAGCUAAAGCCCGGAUACAUUAUCGAGUCGCAAUUGUGCAAAUAUGAGGUCAUCGAGUUGCUCGGCUCGGGCGGCUUUGGCGAUGUCUACCGGGUCAAAGAUUCCUCCAAAAAGAUUUAUGCCGUCAAAACAGAAUAUCACAAAGACUCUGUCGACCGCAAGCUGCUCCGCCUGAAGAUCGAAUGUGAAAUUUUAAAGUUGGCAACAGAGGUAUCAGACCCCAAAUUGAAGUCGCACUUUGUCCCAUUCUACGACAGUGGCCGCUUCAACGAGAUGCGAUUCAUGGUUAUGGCCCUAGUUGGCCCGUCGAUCUUUGAUUUGCGCAAGAAAAUCCCAAGUGCUGAAUUCAGCAAAGAUGCCGCAUGGCGUAUCGCCGUCGAAACAUUGGAGGGGAUAGCUGAUCUGCACGGCAUCGGUUACAUUCAUCGCGAUAUUAAACCGGCCAACUUUGCGAUCGGAGUGGACGAGAAUCGGUCAACCAUCUACCUGCUCGACUUUGGAAUUUCGCGAAAAUUUCUGACGCCUGAAGGAGAGCACAAGCCGCCACGGGAGAAGACAAAAUUCGUAGGCACUGUAGGCUUCGCGUCGAGGCGCUGCCACGAGGGAGUUGAGCAAUCAAGGAAGGAUGACCUGGAGACGUGGUGCUACAUGGUCAUCGACCUCUGCGAUCAUCAAAAUUUCCCCUGGAAACACCUCCGCGACAAGGACCAGGUGUACCCGAUCAAAUGCGAGUUGUUCAAGUGCAGCCCAAAGAACAAGGCGCUGAAGAAGGUCUUCAAAAACUUCCAUCAAGUGAUGAAGUACAUUGAUGAGCUGGCCUUCUCCCAAACCCCCGACUACUACGUGAUCCGACAACAAAUGGACGAUAUCGCCAAAGAAUCCAAACUCGAUCAGGAUCCGAACUGGCCAAAAAUGAAAAACAACGACAAGAAGCCGGCAGCAAGCGAUGAGGACGUUGAGGAGUCUGACGGGGAAAGCGAAUCAGACAAGAAAAAGCACCACAAGAAGCGGACCGGAAGCGACAGUGGGAAGAAGCACAAGGAAGGCGGAGGAGGAGCUCGGAAUGCAAGUGGCCGGAGCGGCAAGAAGAGUCAACGGAGCAAGAAGGGCAAAAGCCCAAAGAAGAAGGGCAGUACUACCAACACAAAGGUUGGCCCGUUGUCCACUGUAAAAACACGGAUAUUCCAG